AUGACCAUGCUCGCGUCACUCCUGCUGACCCUGGUAGUUCUGACCUCAAUUCCGGUCCGCCACGGGCAAGUCUGUGACCCGGAAUCAUUCACUAAAUGUGGAGAUGAGUGUCACUGUGUGGACAGGAUGAGGUGUGGAGGAGGGUUAUGUGAGGGAGGCUGUCAGGACGGAUGGACGAACAAUGACUGUCAGCAAGCUGUUACAGGACCGUGUCUGGAUGGUAUGUACGGAUCCAAAUGCCAGGAAACCUGCAACUGUUCCAACCGACAAUCAACCAUCUGUGACAAGACGACUGGGGCGUGUACAGGACAGUGUAACCCCGGCUAUACUGGACCAGAUUGUCAACCUGAUACAGUCACAUGUCCAGUUGGUAGAUACGGACAAACGUGUCAGGACAUCUGUAACUGUCCGAACAGAGUGGCAGCCUCCUGUGACAAGACGACUGGGGCAUGUACAGGACAGUGUAACCCCGGCUAUACUGGACCAGACUGCCAACCUGAUACAGUCACAUGUCCAGUUGGUAGAUACGGACAAACGUGUCAGACCAUUUGCAACUGUCCGAACAGAGUGGCAGCCUCCUGUGACAAGACGACUGGGGCAUGUACAGGACAGUGUAACCCUGGCUAUACUGGACCAGAUUGUCAACCUGAUACAGUCACAUGUCCAGUUGGUAGAUACGGACAAAAAUGUCAGGCUAUCUGUAACUGUCAGAACAGACAAUCAACCAUCUGCGAGAAGACGACUGGGGCAUGUACAGGACAGUGUAACCCUGGCUAUACUGGACAGGACUGCCAACCUGUCCCGUGUCCUGUCGGGAAAUACGGAUCCACAUGUCAGAACACCUGUAACUGUCCGAACAGAGAAUCAGCCAUCUGUGACAAGACGACUGGGGCAUGUACAGGACAGUGUAACCCCGGCUAUACUGGGCCAGACUGUCAACCUGAUACAGUCACGUGUCCAGUUGGUAGAUACGGACAAACGUGUGAGGACAUCUGUAACUGUCAGAACAGACAAUCAUCCACCUGUGAAAAGACGUCUGGGGCAUGUACUGGACUCUGUAAUCCCGGCUUUACAGGACCAGACUGUCAACUUGAUACAGUUACGUGUUUAGCUGGUAGAUACGGACAAACGUGUCAGGCUAUCUGUAACUGUCAGAACAGACAAUCAGUCGCCUGUGACAAGACGACUGGGGCAUGUACAGGACAGUGUAGUCCCGGCUAUACUGGGCCAGACUGUCAACCUGAUACAGUCACGUGUCCAGUUGGUAGAUACGGACAAAAAUGUCAGGCUAUCUGUAACUGUCAGAACAGACAAUCAACUAUCUGUGACAAGACGACUGGGGCAUGUACAGGCCAGUGUAACCCCGACUAUACUGGACCAGAUUGUCAACCUGAUACAGUCACAUGUCCAGUCGGUAGAUACGGACAAAAAUGUCAGGGUAUCUGUAACUGUCAGAACAGACAAUCAACCAUCUGCGAGAGGACGACUGGGGCAUGUACAGGACAGUGUAACCCCGGCUAUGCUGGACCAGAUUGUCAACCUGCUACGUGUCCUGUCGGGAAAUACGGAUCCACAUGUCAGAACACCUGUAACUGUCAGAACAGACAAUUAGCCAUCUGUGACAAGACGACUGGGGCGUGUACAGGACAGUGUAACCCCGGCUAUACUGGACCAGACUGCCAACCUGAUACAGUCACAUGUCCAGUUGGUAGAUACGGACAAACGUGUCAGAACAUUUGUAACUGUCCGAACAGAGUGGCAGCCUCCUGUGACAAGACGUCUGGGGCGUGUACAGGACAGUGUAGUCCUGGCUAUACUGGACCAGACUGUCAACCUGAUACAGUCACGUGUCCAGUCGGUAGAUACGGACAAACGUGUCAGAACAUUUGUAACUGUCCGAACAGAGUGGCAGCCUCCUGUGACAAGACGUCUGGGGCAUGUACAGGACAGUGUAAUACCGGCUAUACUGGACCAGACUGUCAACCUGAUACAGUCACAUGUCCAGUUGGUAGAUACGGACAAACGUGUCAGAACAUUUGUAACUGUCCGAACAGAGUGGCAGCCUCCUGUGACAAGACGUCUGGGGCAUGUACAGGACAGUGUAACCCCGACUAUACUGGACCAGACUGUCAACCUGAUACAGUCACAUGUCCAGUUGGUAGAUACGGACAGACGUGUCAGAACACCCGUAACUGUCAGAACAGACAAUCGUCCGCCUGUGACAAGACGUUUGGGGCAUGUACAGGACAGUGUAGUCCCGGCUAUACUGGACCAGACUGUCAACCUGAUACAGUCACGUGUCCAGUUGGUAGAUAUGGACAAAAAUGUCAGGCUAUCUGUAACUGUCAGAACAGACAAUCAACCAUCUGUGACAAGACGACUGGGGCAUGUACAGGACAGUGUAACCCCGGCUAUACUGGACCAGACUGUCAACCUGAUACAGUCACAUGUCCAGCCGGUAGAUACGGACAAACGUGUCAGACCAUUUGUAACUGUCCGAACAGACAAUCAUCCGCCUGUGACAAGACAUCUGGGGCAUGUACAGGACGCUGUAGCCCCGUCUUUACAGGACCAGACUGUCAGCCAAUAAAAGUCUGUCUGUCUGUCUACCUGUCUAUCAGUUUGUCUGUCUAUUUUAAAAAUAAUUUAUGCGUCCAGUGA